AUGACAUCAAUCGUCAGCCUCAGCCAAAAAUAUUUCGGAGUUGGCUGUUUGAGAAAAGUCCAUAUUAUAAAUAAUCCUGCCACCAUUAGGAACUUCAUUGUAAGCAUAUAUUUGCAUUUCGGCUUUACCAUGAUAGAAUUCCAAAGAUUUUGCUUUGCUUUACUUUGUUUGUUCACUAACAAAUUUAUGAACUCGUUUCUGCAUGUUAGUAAUCCUUCCAUUGAUAUGCCACAACAACAUUCUAUGGAGUUUAGUCGAGUUGGAAAAAAAUCAUUGCUUAGGACUCAUUAUAACCGUAAACAAUGA